AUGUCCUUCCAGUCCAGUGGGUGCUACAGCGGUGGCUCCUCCUGCUGUGAGGGCUCAGGAAGCUACGACGGUGGCAAGAUCAUUGUCAGCUCUGGAGGUGGAGGAGGUGGAUCCUGCUGCAGUGGGGGCGCCUCAGGCUACAGCAUGGGAGGAGGCUACCGUGGUGGAUCCAGUGGGGGAUCUGGCCAGAAGAUUAUUGUUAGCUCAGGUGGGGGAGGAGGAGGCUGCAGUGGGGGAUCCAGUGGUGGGUUUUCAGGGGGCAAGAUCAUCAUUGGAGGUGGAGGUGGUGGAGGAUCCUCUGGAUGCUGCAGUGGAGGAUCCAGCUAUGGCAUGGGAGGAGGAUCCAGUGGUGGGUAUUCAGGAUCAAAGAGCAUCAUUGGAGGGGGAGGUAGUGGAGGAUACUCUGGAGGCUGUAGUGGAGGAUCCAGUGGUGGGUAUUCAGGAUCAAAGAGCAUCAUUGGAGGUGGAGGUAGUGGGGGAUACUCUGGAGGCUGUAGUGGAGGAUCCAGUGGUGGGUAUUCAGGAUCAAAGAGCAUCAUUGGAGGUGGAGGUAGUGGGGGAUACUCUGGAGGCUGUAGUGGAGGAUCCAGUGGUGGGUAUUCAGGAUCAAAGAGCAUCAUUGGAGGUGGAGGUAGUGGAGGAUACUCUGGAGGCUGUAGUGGAGGACCCAGUGGUGGGUAUUCAGGAUCAAAGAGCAUCAUUGGAGGGGGAGGUAGUGGAGGAUACUCUGGAGGCUGUAGUGGAGGACCCAGUGGUGGGUAUUCAGGAUCAAAGAGCAUCAUUGGAGGUGGAGGUAGUGGAGGAUACUCUGGAGGCUGUAGUGGGGGAUCCAGUGGUGGGUAUUCAGGGUCAAAGAGCAUCAUUGGAGGUGGAGGUAGUGGAGGAUACUCUGGAUGCUGCAGUGGGGGCUCCUUAAGCUACGGCAUGGGAGGAGGCUACAGUGGUGGAUCUAGUGGGGGAUCUGGCCAGAAGAUCAUUAUCAGCUCAGGUGGUGGAGGAGGAGGUUCAUCUGGAUGCUGCAGUGGAGGAUACAGUGGCGGUUCCUCAGGCCAGACAAUCGUCAUCAGCUCUGGAGGUGGCAGAGGAGGGUCCUACCAGUCUUCGCAGCAGAAAUGCCCUAUUGUCAUUCCUCACAUUGUGUCCCAUCAGACCAAGCAGGUCUGCCACUGGCCCCCCCGCUACCACAAGUAA